AUGGACAUCACACAAGAUGAUCUGACCUUCAACUGGAAGAAGGCAAUAUGGAGCCUCAAAACGUCACCAAAAACGAAGCAGUUUGUGUGGAAGAUGUGGCUCUCUGCCCCUGUUUUGCCAAGAAUUGAAUACAAUGAAUCUAUAGCUUUAAGAACUUCAUGGAUCAGCCUAGUGACGAAGAAGAACUUACCUACAAUAGGAGUUGCAGAAGGACAGUUGGCACCCUGGUUCUUGUGGCAUAUAUGGACGGCGAGAAACAGAGUUGUCUUCAACGACAAGUUCAUCUCCGCAACCAACAACCUUUCUAAAGCCUUAGCUGCUGCACGGGAAUGGAAUGCAUGCCAGCAAACAGACGCACCGACGAACCGCGUAGUGGCCCCUGUAGCUACAACAACGACAAAUUCCGCGCUAAUUAAAACUGAUGCUGCAUGGAAUGGAAGUUUAAAUGUUGCUGGAUUGGGAUGGACGGUGGAAACGCAGCAGUGA